UUAUUUCACCCUCUUUUUAAAUCUGAUCUUUUUGAAGCUUUAUUUUAGUCCAAUCCAUGUCUGGAAGAUGUUUGUCGAUUUUUUUUUCUUGGAAUGGUCUCUAUCCGAGGCGUAGAAAUGUUUGAUGGGUAAAUUAUUCGUCUUCUCGGUGUUGUUUGAGUUGUAAAACAUUGGUAAUUAUGCUUUUUUUGGGUAAAUUUCUAUUUGGUUGCUGGGAAAACGACCAAGAAAGAGAGAAAGGACUCUCUGCGCCCGAAAAGAAAUUAGCAAAAACGGAUACCCUAUAUUCUCUCUUUUUGGUUGCUAGGAAAGGGAGGAAACAGUCCAGGGAGAUUGAAUUAUCGGGAAUAUAAAUUUUGAUAUCCAAUGGCAGGAGUAGGGGAUGAUGAUACCUCCACAGUGGCACCUUUUGCCCAAUGGAAAAAUGAUUGCUCCAGGACAUUCCAGUACUAUUUGGAUCGAUCAACCCCUCACCCUAUGAGGAGGUGGUUAGGGACACUUGCUGCUGCUGCAAUUUAUGUGCUGCGGGUUUACUGCGUUCAAGGGUUCUAUGUUGUGACAUAUGGCCUAGGAAUUUACAUCUUGAAUCUCUUGAUUGGGUUUCUGUCACCAAAGGUUGAUCCAGAGCUUGAAUUAUUGGAUGGGGCUUCAUUGCCAACUAAAGGCUCGGAUGAGUUUAAGCCGUUCAUUCGCAGACUUCCUGAGUUCAAAUUCUGGUACUCCAUCACCAAGGCUUUCUGUGUGGCAUUCUUGAUGACCUUCUUUUCAGUGUUUGAUGUACCUGUUUUCUGGCCUAUAUUACUGUGUUAUUGGAUUGUUCUGUUUGUCCUCACAAUGAAGCGCCAAAUUAUGCACAUGAUUAAGUACAAAUAUGUUCCACUCAGCAUUGGAAAGCAGAAGUACACGGGGAAGAGACCUGCCACCAGUACCAGUGGCUCCAGAGACUGAAGGUGGUUCACAUCCCUCUCCAGGAAGAGGUGGGUGGACAAAUCAUGGUUCCAACCCUUCUGCUCAAAAUUUCUUCAUGUGGAAGACACGUUAUAUGCAACACACAAGUGCAGAAUUCACAUAUGUUGGAGAUACCAUUCUGUCUUAGUUUCGUUAAAAACUGUUUUAACUGUGUGAAUUUGCAUUGUUACAGGUCUGUUGCCUUUACAAUUCCUGUAACUUGUGUUUUGAGCUGUUAAUGUGUCUGAAUUAAAGGAGCAAUCUCUUCCUAAUAAUUUUUAGUCCUACUAUCAGUUUCUGGUCGGACUCA